AUGCCAGCGGCCCAGGUGAUCCCCACGGUGGUCCUCUUGACUGGUGCCCGGCCAGAUAGCGAGCUGCUGAUCUCUCGCGGCUGCGCAGUUGUCUUGGCAGUGCUUUACAUCUGCUACUUGGUCUUCCAGCUCUUCACACACAAGGAGCAGUUUGCUACGGAAGCCGACGGGGAGGAGUCCGAAGAGGCGCAGCCGACGCUGUCCAAGGGAGCGGCCCUGGCCCUCUUGCUCGCGGCCACGCUGAUCGUGGCUCCUCUUUCCGAAGGGCUCACAGGCUCUGUGGAGGGUGUGACGAAGACCCUGCAGAUCUCGGAUGCCUUCGUUGGCGUGAUCUUGCUACCUAUCGUUGGAAAUGCAGCAGAGCACCUCACUGCCGUGACCGUGGCCACCAAGGACAAGAUGGACCUGUCCCUGGGUGUGGCUCUGGGCAGCAGCACGCAGAUCGCUCUGUUCGUGGUUCCGUUCACGGCGGCUCGGAGCAUUCUUGAGAGCAUCGUCUUGACUUUCUGCAUGGCCGAGUGCGGAGCCUUGCGCGGUGCACUUUUUUCGUGA